UUUUUAGAUUUUAGAUGAGUGAUCAAAAGAGAAAGCUUCUGGAAAUAUUAGCCUUUAAAAAGCAGUUAAACGCAUUGCCAAUAUUUCAAAAUGCAUCCACCAGCAGAAAGUAUUUGCAUCUAUUGCAGAAGCGGCGUUCUACUAUUAUUAAAAAGAUGUUUUUGUUGAGGAAACAAUAUUUUUUGUUGUUGUCGUCUGCUCAAUACCUUUCUAAGCAAUCCCGAUUAUAUUGGAGAAAAGAACGUUCCCAAACGUUUUGGGAAGUAGACUGUCAAGUGAAUGGUGGCGUGUUCUUUAAGAGCAAUUUUAAAAUGAAGAUAAGUACGUUCCUUGAGCUGUGUGGAUAUUUAAGAGUGUUGGAAAAAGAGGAUACCCCUUUACGUAAGGCUAUCACUUUACACAAACGGGUAGCCAUUGCUUUGUAUGCAUUGGGAUCAUCGGCAGAAUAUCGCACCAUAGGAAACACGUUUGGAGUUGGAAAGUCCGCUGUAUGUGGAAUAGUUAAGGAGUUUUGUAUUCAGACUUGGAAGGUUUUAAGUCCAACUUUCAUGCCAACUUUUCCAUUGACGAGACAAAAAAUUGCCGAAUUAGUCCAGGGAUUCGAAAUUAUUGGCUUUCCUCAGUGCAUGGGAGCAAUUGACGGUUGUCAUAUUGAGAUUCAUCCUCCUAGACAAGAUGCCACGGACUAUCAUAAUUACAAAGGGUGGUAUUCCACCAUCCUACUCGCGUUAGUUGAUGCAAGAUGCACGGGCAGCUGCUGAUGUCGACGGUGUUGGGGUUGCACAAUCGGAAAGCGAAGUGGGAGAAACACCACAUUCAUAAAGAUCGCCCGAUGAUGUCUCUAUAGAUAGUGCCACCAUUUCACUAUUAUCUGUAAUUUAAAAAGUACAUACAUAUGUACAUUAUACUACAUCACUCUUCAUAAAAAAAUCGGUACUUUUUUCCCAUUGAAAUUAUAAAAUCUAUUUUAUUUUAAGACUUGCCCC